GAAAAAGUGCAAAACUGUGAUAUCUUUUUAUAAAUUUUCACACAUUCUAUAACUGAAUGUAUCUUUGACUCCUCAGUCAAAUGGUGUUCCAAACUGGCUAUUUGCAAACAUGAUUUUUACUUGAAAUUCUAUUAUUCCUGCCUUGCCAAGUUUGUUGUUGUUUUUGUUGUUACUUCAACUGUUGCACCAGUAGGGUAACCAACUGUGCUAUUUCCCUGGAUUUUCAUAGUUUUAGCACUGAAAAUUCUAUGUCUCAGGAAACCCCCAGUCUUAGGCAAACAAAACUGUUAGUCACUCUAUAAACUCCCAGCUGAUAUGGACUUCCUGUCUCUUAUGUCCCAUCUUUCUAAUCCAUCUUCUACAUUUCUGCCAGAGUGAUUGUUUUAAAACAUCAGCAUGGUAAUAUGACAUAUCUUCCUGGAAUCCUUCAAUGAUUCCCCCUAAAAUCCUCCAUGACUGGGCUGCAUCUACUUUUUAAAUUUCUUUUUCCUUUUGCUACCUUCUCCCAUUCUUACUUCUCAUUUCAUCUUCCCCAGCAUCUCACUCUGUUUUCCAGCUAUACUAGAACACUUACUAUUGCUUUCUAUAGAUCAUUUGUUAACCUCAGGAUAUUUGAAUGCUGUCUAUUCAUUGCUGUCAUUCUUCUACUAUUUCUUCUCUUGUAUCCUGCCCACCCAAACUGCUUGUUGAAAAUGGAUUUACCUUUAAGUUGAACUUCCAAUCCUCCUCUUUUGUGCAGUAUUCAUUUCUACUCCCAUAGAAACUUCAUUAUCUCUUUCAUAGCAGGUUUUAAAAAUCUGUUAUGGGUAAUUUUUCUUAUGUCUAUCCCUCUUAAAAAUCUAUAAACAUUUUGAGGACAACAAUCAUACAUUAUCCUUCUAUGAAAUUUCCCACCUCACUCCAACAUUCUUAGCAAUCAACAUGCUAGAUACAUGUAGCAUAAUUUUAAUUUGCUGUAUGAAAUCAUAAUCCACUGAAUCCCAGAUGAAUAGCAUUGGUAAUACUCAGUGCAGGUUUUCUUGAAAAGAUGAAACUUGACCAAAACUUUAAAGGGUUAUUAGGAUUUAAAUUCAAUAGUGUAUACUUCAGGCAAAGUAAGUUAACUUUAUCUUUUCCUCAGACAUCAUUUCUAUUUUUCUUUCCAACCCUGUCCCUACAGGGACCAAUAAGAAAAUGCAGAUGGCUUGGAACAAGUGCCAUCUCUUCUGGAUUGAUGUGCUCUAUAUUUCAGAAUUCAAUAGAAGCAGACUGACAUUGCAAAAAGAGCAUUAAGAGGCCCACAAUUCUGACUCCUGGUCUUAUUUCAAUCAUGUUCUUCCUAGGUGACCUUGAACAAGUUCCUAUGCAUGGGCAAGUAAGAAGUUAUUUGCUGAUGAGAUGAAGCAGUUUUACCCUCUGCAGAAUGGCAGCCAAGAAAAAUAAAGGGUUAAGUGCUCUUAGAAGUAGACAACAAGGACUAGCUUCUUCAUGAAGUCCAGCAGGAAUUAUAACUCCACUGCUUACCUUGAUGAGUAUACUGAGAUAUUCAAGAUGGAUAGCAACAGUACCAGCAAUGACUGCAGUACUACUAAUGUGACAUUUCAAAACUCCCUCUAUGCAGGCACCUACAUCCUCAUAUUCAUCCCUGGUCUUCUGGCCAACAGUGCAGCCUUGUGGGUUCUGUGCCGCUUCAUCAGCAAAAAAAAUAAAGCCAUCAUUUUCAUGAUCAACCUCUCCGUGGCUGAUCUUGCUCAUGUACUGUCCUUACCCCUCCGGAUUUACUAUUACAUCAGUCACCACUGGCCCUUCCAGAAGGCCCUUUGCCUGCUGUGCUUCUAUCUGAAGUAUCUCAACAUGUAUGCAAGCAUUUGUUUCCUGACGUGCAUCAGCCUUCAGAGAUGUUUCUUUCUCCUCAAGCCCUUUAGGGCCAGAAACUGGAAACGUAGGUACGAUGUGGGCAUCAGUGCUGCCAUCUGGAUCAUCGUGGGAACUGCCUGCUUGCCAUUUCCCCUUCUGAGAAGCACCUACUUAGGCAACAAAACUGAGUCCUGUUUUGCUGAUCUUGGUUAUAAGAAAAUGAAUGCAGUGGCUUUGGUUGGAAUGAUUACUGUUGCUGAGCUGGCAGGAUUUGUUGUCCCAGUGGUUAUCAUCGCAUGGUGUACUUGGAAAACUAUUAUAUCCCUGAGACAGCCACCAGUGGCUUUCCAAGGAAUCAGUGAGCGUCAGAAAGCACUGCGGAUGGUUUUUAUGUGUGCUGCAGUCUUUUUCAUCUGCUUCACUCCUUACCAUAUUAACUUUAUUUUUUACACUAUGGUGAAGGAAACCAUCAUUAGUAGUUGUCCCAUUGUCCAAAGCACACUUUAUUUCCACCCUUUUUGUCUGUGCCUUGCCAGUCUCUGCUGUCUUUUGGAUCCAAUUCUCUAUUAUUUCAUGGCCUCAGAGUUCCGUGACCAGCUAUCUCGCCAUGGAAGCUCUGUGAUCCGUUCCCGCCUUAUGAGCAGAGAGAGUGGUUCAUCAAUGGUUAGCUAAACAUAAAAUAACUCUUCAAUUAUGAAUUUAACUAUGUUUCCUAGCUUUUCCCAAAGGCCAGAAUGACCAGACAAUUUGUUUAACGGAAAUUUAGGAACAAUGGAAGUCUUGUUGUGUAAUAGUUGUGGUCACAGGGAUGUAAUGGGGAUGACAGUGUGUAAGAAAUGUGGGAGAGGUAAGGAAGAUAGAAUUUGCCAGUUUCCUCUUUGAAAUUCAAGAUACUUUCUUAAGAGACCUAGCUCAAAUUUUACAGAUGUUUUCAAUCAAAUGAAAAUUAGAUAUUUUAUCUUAAACAUUUCUUUAGUAAAUAUAUUGUUAAUAAGAUGCAAUAAAUACACGAUUCUUUUCCCAAACUGUGAAUCUCUUAUAUGAAGACUUUUAAUUGUGAAUGAGAAUAAAAUUCUUCAGUUUUUCUAAGAAAUAAAUGCACAGGUAAGGGGGAGUGACAAUUGAAGUAGUGUAUGCAUAAAUUUCAGGGCCAUAAACCUAAUACUGAAUAAAGGGCAUGGAAAUUUUUCCAUUCACUGAAAAUAUAUUGGAUGCCUAUUAUAUUCUGGGUUAUCAAUUUCUUAGGUACUAUCACAAUAUAGCAAGCAUCUCAUAUGACCAUUCUAAUAAACUUGUGGAAAUUUCCAAUACAAAUGAGUACGUACAACCUCAGAAAGGGAAGUAACUUGCCUGAGGACGAACAGUGGUGAGGUAAAAUUAGUUCUGUAUACACUGCAUAUGCUUAAAUUGUUCCCUCUAUUUGUGUUGUUACUUUUACUAAGUCAAUGUUAAACUUGAGUUAAAUGGUGAAGACACAGACCAAAGCUAAGCUGCAUCAGAUUAGGCCAUUUCUACACAAUUUGCUGGAGAUUAUGUGAAAAGUCUGGGUUAUGGGAAUGGCAGAUCAAACUUCUGGUUACAAAGUAUCAAAUGAUAAAUAGUUUUUUUGUUUUGUUUUGUUUCGUUUUGUUUUUUUUGUAAUACUGUCCCAAUCUACAGUUUAAUGAUUAGGGGUAUAGGAGACCCACAUUGUUCAUGAUGUCUUACCAAAUAUAUUUUAGGGCUUAAUGUAGGUCAUACAGAACCCAUAAAUAGAUGAAAGAAAGAAGGCUAUAGAGCUGACAGAUGUAGAAGUUCCUUAUAUAUUUUGGAUAUUAACCCUUUAUUGGAUAUAUCA